AAUAGGAGGGUAAGGAAGUAAUUUCCGCUGAUUCAAUUUUUGCUUCUAGAAUAAGUUGACUCUCUAGUGGUACAUUAUAAUGCACCAUUAUGCAUGUAUAAUGUACCAUUAAAGUAAAAUUUGUCUGAAUAGUACGUUUUGUGGACUAUUACGAGUGUAGUGGUAAUUUUUACCAUCCUAUAACUUUCAAUUUCUUGAAAAAGCUGACUCUCUAAGGGUACAUAUAAUGUACCAUUAUGCAUGAAUAAUGUACCACUAAAAUAUAAGUUAUCUGAAUACUACUUUUUAAUUGCAAAAUUGUCAUCCUAUAUGCUUAGAAAUCAAUAGGCGCUAUGAGCCAAGACUUAACCGUUUAACGCACUCAUAAGUUCACGUGUUUCACUCAAAGAGCUAACAGGCCUAACACCAAAGACCUCUGAAAUUCUGAGCAAAAAAAAAAAAAAAAAAAAAAAGACAGAGAGAGAAAAACACACACACACACAGCUUACCUUCAGAGCCCUGAAAUUAUCUCUAAAUUGCCAAAUAUUACAUGAUAUAAUCAAUUAAGCAAAGAAUGAUACCUAUUUUUGCAUUAAUUCCAUACAUUCUUCUUUUCAGUUCUAAAAUUUGCUCUGCAAUUGACAGUAUUACACCAACACAAUUCCUAAAAGACUCAGAAUCAAUACUUUCUAAAAAUAGCAUUUUCAAGCUAGGAUUUUUCAGCCCUCAAAACUCUUCCAAUCGUUAUGUUGGAAUCUUAUAUAAUCACCCUUUUGAAAUGGAAGUUGUAUCUUGUAUGGGUAGCUAACAGGAACAAUCCCCUCACUGAUACUUCUAUUGUACUUAAGAUAUCACUCGACGAAAAUCUGCAAGUCUCUGAUGCAAAAAUAUCAGACUGUUUGGUCAUCCAAUGUCACUCAUCCUACAGCUGGUUUCGUAGCAGCUCAACUUCAAGAUUCCGGGAACAUUUUUAUCCAAGGAUUUCCGAACAACACGAGUCGUGGCAAUGGGACGAUCAUAUGGCAGAGUUUUCAGUAUCCUGCAGACUCAGUCUUACCAAAUAUGAAGUUCAUUCUUAACAAUAAUCCUGAAUUCAGGAAAGUCGUGCAGGCCUGGAAAAGUCCUUCAGAUCCAUCAGUUGGAAGGUACUCAGUUGGUACUAACUCUAGGUUUUUUCAGAUUAUCAUAUGGGAUGGGGAUCGCCCUUAUUGGCGAAGUGGACCUUGGAAUGGAAACAUUUUCAUGGGAACAAGAUAUUAUAAUACUGGUUAUGGUAAUAUACUCAUUAACACCGGGUCAUUCGCACAGGAGGAAGUAAGAGGGAUGCUUUCUCUGGUUUUUACAGGUGCGAAUGAGACUUUGUUGCCUCGUUAUGUAAUAAUUGAUCAAGGGAUAUUAGCUGAAAGUGGUGGGAUGAUAGCAAGAAGAACAGGGGAAUUGCGUGGCAUGCCCCGGAAAAUAUAUGUGACACCUAUGGUAUGUGUGGAGAAUUUGGAAACUGCAACCCGCAGACUAAACCUAUGUGCAGCUGCUUAAAAGGGUUUGUGCCAAAGAACGCGGAGGAAUGGAGGAGAGGAAACUGGACAAGUGGGUGUGUGAGAAGAAAGAAGCUGCAAUGUGGGGUUCAAGGGGGAAAACAAGAUGGGUUUUUGAGGUUAAAGAUGAUGAAAGUGCCAGUUAAUGCUGAUAUUGUUGAAUGGUUUGUGGGUCUGAAUCCUGAUCAGUGCAGAACAACCUGCCUGGCAAACUGCUCUUGUUUGGCUUAUACACAUGAUACUGGAACUGGAUGUAUGAGAUGGAGCGAGAACUUGAUUGACAUAGAGGACCUUUCACCUGGAGGGGUGGACCUAUUCAUUCGGCUUGAACAAUCAGAGCUAAGUACUAGUAAGAGA